AUGUUUACAUGUUCUAAACAUUUAUAUAUUCGUAUAAUUUUAUUAUUUUUAUUAUUACAUAUAUUAUGUUUAUUUAUUAUAUAUAAACAAUUUACAUAUCAAAAAAAUAAUUAUAAAUCAACUAUUAUUGGUGAACAUUAUCAAUCCAUUACACCACAAACAUGUUAUGAUAUAUGUCAAUUAAUUAUAAAAUUACCUAAUAAUAAAUUCAUUGAUUCAAAAUUUAUUAAAAAUAAAUCAUAUAAAUUAUGGCCUAAUUUUAAUGCAAAUUUAAUGACAUUAUUUAAUAUUAGUUAUUUACAUUUACCUGGUGGAUCAUGGAUAGAUUAUUCUAAUCAAUAUAAUAUUGAUAAAAAUAAUCAAAAAAUAAAAAUAAAUGAAACAUUUUGUAAAAAUAUAUCCGAAUAUGGUGUAGUUAUAAUUAUACCAUUAAAAAAUCAAUUUAAACAACUUUAUAUUACAUUAUCUACAUUAAUUCCUAUAUUACAAAUACAAAAAUUAUGUUAUCGUAUAUUUGUUAUUGAACAAAUUGAUAAUGAAUUAAUAAAUAAAGGUAAAUUAAAAAAUAUUGGAUUUAUUGAAUCAUUAAAAUUAUUUAAAUUUAAUUGUGUCAUAUUUCAUGAUGUUAAUUUAGCACCAAUUAAUUAUUUUAAUUCAUAUCAAUGUGAUCAAUCAACUAAAUAUAUGGCAAUACAUUUAAGUGUUGGAAUAAAUACUAAUAAAUUUAAAUUACCAUAUAAUACAUAUAUUGGUGGUGUUUUAAAAAUUUCAACACAUCAUUUUAUUACUGUUAAUGGAUAUUCUAAUGAAUAUUGGGGUUUAGAUAAUGAAAAUGAUGAUGAUUUUGAAAAACGUCUUAGUACUACUGGUAUAAAAUAUAUUCAUGUAAAUAAUAAAAUUGGACGGUAUAUUUACAUACCAUAUACUUCAAAAUAUUCUUUACAAUCUUAUAAUUUAAAAAAAUUAUUAAAUAGAUCAAAUAAAAGUAUCAAUUCUGAUGGAUUAAAUGAUGUAUCAUAUAAAGUUAUUUCACGAUCAGAUCAACCAUUUUUUACACAUCUUCGAGUUCUAAUAAAACAAAGUUGAAACUUUUUUUUCUUUUGAUAAACAAGUUGAUAUUAUAAAAUAACCCUUGAAAUAAUAAAUUGUUUUUCUUGAUGUAUAUGAUAUAACCUACUAUUUUUGCUAUUCUUAACUAAAGUAUUAUUUAAAUGGGAAUUUAAGUCAAUAUUCUUAUAGACCAGUCAUGCAUAAAAGUACAUCCUAGUACGAACAUAAUAAUUGUAAUUGCACAUGAAAUAAAUUGAUAACUUGAAAUGUCUUCUCAUUUAUUUUCAUUAUUACAACCAACAUUACUAGUUUGCUCUAGAAUUCUGUUGUCUAAAAUCUAUUGUUAGUAAACAAUAUUAUCAUCUGUACAAUUUUAUUUACAGGAUUACGGAUUUUCAGGCACUACAUAUUUCGUUGAAUUCACCGAAGAAAACUUUCUUUUUUUACUUCAGCUGUAUAUUCGUAUUUAUAGUUCUAUGGGCUAUAUUUAUUUUUGUUAAAAUGUAACCGUGAUAGACUAUUAUUUUAAAUAUUAGGAACUUAAAAAAAGAGUAAAUUCCGAGCUCCGAAUAUGAUUCUAUUAUGAUUGAACUGUGUUAAUAAAUGAAAAAACUAUUAAUUUUCCAUAAAUCAGAAUUAUCAUUGUUUCAUUCUAAAAAGAAACCCUUAGAAGCAAUCGACUCUUUCUGUCAUGAUUAUAAAGCGUUUGAAUGAUCCUAUUGUUGAUAAAUUUCAUUGAAUUUUGUUUGAUGAAUCUUUGUUACUAUAUGCACAUAUUGUAUGGAUUGCUUUCGAUAUUGACAAAUUUUUACAAGUUUUCUUUUUAUAAAAUAGACCGAUAAUUUGAAGAACUGAAUAUAAAUUAUACUUUUUGAAUACUUAUUGUACAAAAUACAUGUUGAAAAAUAUUGUUUUAAGAAUAAUCUGUUAAACAUGACUCCAUUUAUACAAUCAUAUAUGAUUGCUAGUACAUAAGUGAGUUAAUGUAAACAUUUCGGUUUGUUUUUCCAACCAAAUAAACAAAGUUUAAUAUCGACAAAAUUUGUGAAUAUAUUCGUCUGGAAUUAUAUGUCGUAGUGAGAAUUACAUACAUGUAACUAAUUAAAGAAAUAAAUGAUUUCUAAAUAUUG